AUGGGAUGCACAUGUAGCAGUAAAAGAGAGUAAUCUCCUUAGAAGACAAUCAAAUCAACUCAAUCUACUUCAAAUCAACUACAUCUUCUCAUAGAAACCAAAAUGUUUAAAAUCUAUAGACCUCAUCAAAAAUUAUAAAAUAUCUCUAACAGUACAAUAUUAACAAGAAGAAGAAUAAAAAUGGAAAUCAAAGAUCUCGAAUACUAAGAAACUAAAUGA